UUGCUGGACUGAAAAACUUGAAUCGAGUUUGUUAAAAAACGUUUACGUGGUUUCGCUCUGCUUUCUUAGAGGCCACGUUGCUCAGGCGUAAGAUGAAAGAAGAACUGAAGAUCUUGCGAUUGUUUUCUGCUGCAGAUAGAGCUGUAAUAGAGCUGAGCGUCACUAACGGGUUCUCCACUGACCGCGGCGCGUCAUGCACAGAGCGCACGGGGAAGAAUGGAGAGGAGCAAGACCUAUAGAUCACUUUAAAUUCGCAUACAUGCAUUAUACCUACAGUAGAUAGAUACCCUUUAGUAUCGACGUGUAUCCUUCACUGCAUUGGAGAGUUUGGAUAUUAAUGUUGUGCGUUUCACACGGACCUGGAAGAAUCUUUUUAAGAGGAAUAUCAGAGUGAACCGCGCGGAAUUGCUUUUAUUCACGGCGGUUUGCACGAGUAAGGUGAGGUUGCACGUCAUGGAUACCUUACUGGCAUUAAUGCUGGCGCUCUCCCUGAGCGCAUCGUGGGGAUGCCAGUUGCCCCAAGACUGGAGACCUCAGACGGAAGCGUGCCGCGCAGAGCUGGCAGAGAUCAUAGUCUUUGCCAAGGUGCUCGCUCUCCACAAGGAGUCCUACAGCGUGUACAACUACCUGCCGUGGCAGUACGACACGGAUCUGUUCUUCUCCGCGGAGAUCGAGCUGCUGUGCGAUCAGGCAUGGGGCAGCAUGCUGGAGGUGCCAACCGGGUCCAGGUUCAACGUCAGCGGGUUGGGAUAUUUCCCCUGCUACUCCUACAGCGUCAUGGAGAAUAACUCGUACUAUUUCUUUUUAAGGAUGGAUGAAAACUACAGCAUCAUUCCUCACGGAGUCAACUUCCAGGACCCCAUCUUCCCUGACACAGCGGAGAACCAUCGCAUGUUUGCCAGUUUGUUCCAGUUUUCCAACUGCACACCUGGCACACAGGUUCACAUGUACACCCCAGACUGGGAACUACAGGAGGACAACCGAUUAUGGUGCUCCAAUGUGCAGAAGGCCUUAUUUGAGGAAGAAGAGAAAGUCAAGAACCUCUCCCAAAAGGUGAAGAUCCUGGAGAAGGCCAACAAUCACCUGAGAGACAAGGUGAAGAACAUGAAACGUCUCUUGAGGCAGGCCAAACGAGAGACAAAAGAGCCGGUUCAAAGCUUCAAACAGCUUCACGAAGCUGAACCAGAGUUACCACAUCCACAACAGGACACCACCCAGGACCAAAAACCCACUCUCAGGAAAAUACUGCCCAAAAAGCUUAAGAACUAAAAGCCAUUUCUGCACUGGGGGAAAUUUGAUGAUUGAAAAUUACGAUGUAUUGGCAGAUCCACAAUAUCAGAAUCUAUGAAGAUAGUGCAGCUGCUUCAGCACAGAGUAGGUUCUCAUGUACAGCAAACCUUCAACUGAUUAUUCUUCAAAAUGGAUAGAGAAAGAAAUUCAUCUCGCAAAGAGGCAUUAGACUAGUUCAAAUGUACUUCAAUGACUGUUAAGAAACACAUUUUUUAUAUAACUGACUAUAAGAUCAUCAAAAGCCACAAUAACAAUGCUUUCACUUAAUCAUUAAAGCAUCCUUUAUCAAAAAAUGUGAAAACACUGAUAUACAGUACCACUGUCAACCACAACAUGAGGUUUAAAGCCAAUACAAUCCACAGUGUUUUUGUGAAAACAAAUUUGAUCAUUCUGCCUAUAGCAGCAGAUGUCAUUGUUAAUCAGGCAGAGCCUGACAAGAUUGUGGAUACAGCUCAGUGUCUUGAAUCUAUUUGGCCAGGUGUUUAUAUUUGGCAAAGUGUAGCAACAAUGACUUUCAGUCUACAAAUUAAACACACACACUUUUCCCAUUACUGUAAAAAUCUUUCAUCAGAAAACUCCACAUGUAUUUUAUAGUGUAAGACAGACUCAAAAAAAAAAAAAAAACCUGGCGUUCACCUUUUGUUUAAAGGGUAUCACACAUAAAGUCUUAUUUGAACUUUUAUGGCUAAAAUGUAACCUUAAGAGUGAACCUACAUUGUGUCUCUUUAAUUUAGGAUCAGCUUUCCUUUUUACAUUUGAGUCCAAUCUUUCAUUCAAUAAUAAGUUUUGUUUUAAUUUCUUAUGAGUUUUAUAAUUGCAAACAGGGUGCUGAGCACCUAAUAUGUACCUUUUACUCAGUGAAGCCUUUCUUAAAGUGAAAUUGUUCAUCAUUUAAAGAACAAUUUACUGAAAAGGUUUUAAAACUGUUUUUUUUCUUUUGGUUGUUUUUAAUACAUAUGUAUUAUCAGUUCCUGUCUAACACAUCCACAUGUAUGUCAAUGAGUAAUGAAAUAAACAUCACAUUUCCUUUAA